AUGUCAAACAUGAUAAGGUUCUGGGAAAAGGGAUCAAAGAUAGUGGCAGUGGCAAGAAACUAUGUGGCACAUGCAAAGGAGUUGGGAAAUGAGGUACCAACCGAGCCAUUCUUCUUCUUGAAGCCAAUGUCUAGUUAUGUGCGUCAGGGCAGUCCAAUCGAGAUUCCUCGUCAGACAAACGACGUUCAUCACGAGGUCGAAUUGGGAGUGGUGAUUGGCAAGCGAGGCAGAGACAUCACCAGCGCCAACGCAAUGGAUCACGUCGGUGGCUACACCCUGGCACUGGACCUCACUGCCCGCGACCUCCAAUCCAAGGCCAAAGAGAAGCAACAAUGCUGGACCAUUGCCAAAGGCUUUGAUACCUUCUGUCCCAUCUCUGACUUCAUCCCCAAAGACAAGAUCGCCAACCCAGGCAACAUCGAACUCUGGCUCUCAGUCGAUGGUGCAAUCAAACAAAAGGACUUUACCUCCAAGAUGAUCUUUGGUAUUCCCGAGUUGAUCCAAUUUGUGAGCCAGGUGAUGACAUUGGAGGAAGGUGAUGUUAUACUUACAGGUACACCAGCUGGUGUUGGACCUCUCAAGGCUGGUCAAAAGGUUAGAGCAGGUAUCAGUGAUGUUAUAGAAAUGGAGUUUGAUAUCAUUCAAAGGAAG